AUGCAGAGCAUAAACAAAGUCACCACGCGCGACUAUCCCUACCGCUUCUUUGGGGACCUUUGGCUUGAAUCUCCGGAGGACCAUCUCAGUAAGGAUGAGUUGUCUCGUCUAAUGGUCCUUAAGCCUCUCAUCGGUGACUUGGAGAAUCGAACUCAGGGCUCAUUACACGAUAUACACGACACGUUCUCGCACUUUGCCAUACGUGAAACAGAAGCAUGGGAGAGGCUCGGAGCAGAAAGGUCUCCAAGACUACUGGUACAACCCAGCGGCAAUGUUGAUGCUGUCGUUGCCUGUCACCUUCACAAUCCGACCUUUUACGUGAAGGACCCAUACCGUCAAGAGACAGAAGCCAAGUCAAAUCCUACGAUACAGCAAAUCAACCAAGCUGGUUUUUCGUCCCAAAACUGUUUUAUCUUCGAUCACAUCUGUCGCUGCGACAGAACAGAAGACGUGUUGCUGUUCUACACUGACGAGAUGCUUGAGAUCCACGAAGACUUCAUGCUCUCUCUGAGGAGACAAAUGGGUGCUAAAGUCGAGAUAUGCUGGGGACGACAUGUGCGCGAAAGAAUGAAAAAGCUUGUCAACCUGGUUCCCUUCAAACUCUGGGGUCGGUUCCAAGAUGUGGAACUGUACCUAGAAUUAGAGGACCAGAGACUCAUAAGAUUCGUCAUCUUUGUGGCACACCCACAGUUCUUCUUUUAUCAUGGGUUCUUUACGGAGAAGGGAGUUCGUUUCAGGGCAACGACUGCAAGAAAGCAAGACCUAUACCUAAAUGUGGCUAGCAAGCUGGGUGGCAUAGCAAUCACGCAGGGUUUCUAUGAAACCAUCCAUCGUCCUGCGCUUUAUGGGCAGUUUACCCGCGAGCAUAGGGAAAUCGUCAACCGGCUAGAAGCCGAUGCCGAUACUCAGCUAAAAAAGGCAUUCCCACAGAAAUACUAUCAGCUUGAAUCGGCAAUGGAAAUACACGGCAAGGAAACCUGCGAUGGGGCGCUCACGCAAAAAUCUUUAUCACAACUGAUAAGAGGGGACACCAUACAAGAAGAACUACGGAGAUCUCACAGGAUCUGCAAUAUGACUCGAACUUUCCUCGAGGUUGCCGGACAAGUCCUCGUAGGUAGCACGGAUAUUCGCAAUACAACCCAGCUUCAACUUCUGUCGGAGCAUCCGUCAGAUUGGGACAAUAUUUCAGAGUGGCAUGAGAUCCCGGAUUCACUCGUUAAAUGGAUCCAACAACAGGCUGGCCUUCAGAUUGACCAGAAGCCGAUUUCGUCCAAAGGCGAGCUUCUGACAGCGUUCCACCUUUUGUCGCCUGCCAAUUACGGACAGCGUAACGAGUCCCUUAUGCGUGCCAUAGUCAAGGUUGGGAUCUGGUACAUUGCCAGGGCGCAAAAGAAAAGGCACGAGAGUGUUACGGAUCUGAUCAUUCCCGGUGCGAGCCCUUACGACAUUGUGCGUAGAAAAUGCUCAAAAUGUGGCGAAAGAGUUCUUGACGACGCCUUUGCUUCCUACGCAAAGGAAGACCCGAAGAAGUACGUCAUUUGGUAUCGCCUACAUGGAUGUGGCCGUCCAUCCUGCAGUUCUGCUAUCGAGGGUACCUAUUUCGCAAACCUCAUCCCGCUGGACCCGAACCAGGGCUACAAAGUCGCAACACGCCGGAGCCUCCAGUGUGCGCGAUCGGCAAACUGGGACGAAUACCUGCUGCGUCUAUCGGAGGAUGAGCGAAGAGCCACGCAGAAGGAGGUCCAGACCCGCUGCGGAAACUGUGGGACUGAAAAAUACCUCGAUAGGAAACCCAGAUGGACUGCCGAGACACCUUCAAGGUACGUCAUCCCGGUUCGGGGAUGCAGGGUCUGCAAGAAGCGGUUCUGUUCGUUUGUUCCGGCGGACACAAAGAUUGCCACCAUAUCAAAGGCUUCACUGAGCAAGAAAUGGAGAGAUCUCAAGCAAGCUGGCAUCGACCCAAUCGAUUACCCGCGCAGGCCAGAGAUAUUAUGGUCACACAAAUCACACCUAACAAAGCGCAAGGAGUUGGAAAGGGAAAGAGACCUGAUUUUGGCUAGUGAGGAGUCUAAAUUAUUGAGUCAAGAGCCGAAGAAGAGGAACUUCAACUCCAAAAGAAGGCUGAAGCCUUAG